UUCAGCUGACUUUUUCUUUAGUACGCAUCGCAUUUGGAUUGUCUUUUUAUUAGUAUAAGUGUGAAUUGUCGUCUUAACUCGACUCUAAAACAAUGGAACCGGGCUUUCUUAAGGCAAACGACUCAAAUUUGCCAAGGAUUGACAUAAUGAUGUUGGGAGAUUUCCUCGCAAAUAAUAAAGAAUUUUGCUCGUCUGAGUUUAGAAACGUGAAAACCUCCUUGUCUUCAAGACCAUCAUAUGGGGAUGAUGCAAUCAGCUAUGUGCAACUUAAACGGGAAGGAAAUAUUUGUAUGGUAAAGUGCAAGAUUUGCCCAGAGCAUAAAGUCCAUGCAAAACUAUAUGCUGUUACAUUGAUGGUUGAUGAAAAUGAAGAAAAAGUAGUAUCAAUCCAAUGCCAUGAUUGUGUUGCUGCCCAAGGCGGAUGUAAGCAUGCCAUGGCUCUGCUUAUGUGGGUCCAUAGGCGAAGCGAAGAACCUUCUUGCACAGAAGUUUUAUGUUACUGGCGGAAAUCAAAGCUAUCAAGAGUUGGCACUUCCUUGAAAUUUGUAUCUUCAAAAGAUUUAUCUAAAGGUAGCCCUCUAUUGCCUUCUAACUCUAUAGUUCUGGCAAAAUUUUUAGAAGAAGGAAAAAAGAGAAAAGUUAACAACUGCGAGCUUCUAAAACAUCAGCUAGAUUACUUUCCCUCCACACUCUCCUUCGUCUCAAUGCACCAACUUGUGCUUAAAUAUAAAGAAGAGUGCUGUGAGUUAUUUUUAAGAAAAGUGAAUUUGACAAUUGAUAUAAUCAACAAGAUUGAAAAUGAAACCAGGGACCAGUUCAAAAAUAAACUUUGGUACGAAUUGAGGUAUGGUAGGGUAACAGCUUCCAGAGCCUAUGAAGUGAGUCGGUGCCAGACUGAUGAUGGCACUCUGAUUUCUAUUAUUAUGGGAGGGAAGAUACCAGACACACCAGCAAUGAAACGGGGUAGAUAUUUAGAAAAUGAAGUACGAGAAAUAGUUAGCAAAAAACUAGGAAAUAAAAUCAAGAAUUGUGGGUUAUUCAUAGCUCAAAAAUAUCCCAUGUUGGCAGGCUCCCCUGAUGGAAUAUGUCAAGAUAGCAUUGUGGAGAUCAAAUGUCCUGUAAGCAACAAAACCUACCUCAAUUACAUAAAAAAUGGAAAACCCAGCAAUAAAUGCUUUGCCCAGAUACAAAUGCAAAUGUACUUAAGUGGUCUAAGACAGUGUUACUUUUGUGUUGCACACCCAGAUUUUUCCACUAAUAAAAAAGUAGAAAUUUUAUGUAUAACCUAUGACAAUCAAUUUAUGUCAGGCUUUCUUGAAAGUUUUAUUAGAUUUUGGAAAUCCCAUGUGUAUCCGUUGUUACUUAAAAGUAUAAAAUAA